GAGUCGCGCGCACACAUGUACAGUGGGACUGUGGGAGUCCGUCCGAGUAUUUAAACCCAAGCAUCCAAGCCCCGACUCCCGCACACCACAACGCCCGCCUCCAACCGCGCUUUAAUGCGCGCGUUUCCUCUUCCGCGAUAAACCCGGCGGCUGCCUGAUCAGCCAUCACUCCGUUACCCCUCUCUUCUCACAAAAAGGCAUCUGCUUGCUUGCUCCGACUAGCCGGGGAGCUAGCGCGCGGGCGAUCGAGCAAUGCACAUCGCGACCUGCGUGUGGCAAGAGAAGGCGGCGCCGGCCGGCGGCAUGGGGGGAGCUCGAGUUGCUGGUGGAGGUGGUGGCGGCGAGUGGGGUGCGAGGGCCGCGGCGGCGGCGGCGCUGGGCGUUGCCGGGCGCGCGCUCAACUGCGCGGUGAGCUUCGUGGUGUUCUCGGCGCUGGACGUGCUGGACGUGGUGCUGUGCCUGGCGUACAAGCUGGCGGACUACGCGGCGGAGGCGGAGUGGAGGCCGUGCUACUGCUCCGCGGCGGCGGACCCGCGCGUGGCGCAGCAGCUGCCCCCCAAGCCCAAGGUGGUGCGGCUGUCGGCGGCGUCGCCCGCCAGGUUGCACUUGCAGCUGGAGGACGUGUCGGACACGCUGUACGCGCGGCCGUCGCUGCUGGCCGACGCCACCCGAGCCGGCGGCGACGGCGUCGCCCCUGCGCUCACCGUGAGCCCCGCCGCCAUCGCGGCACUGAUCCGCGAGAAGACGGACCGCGCGCCGCGGCAGGCGCCGUGCUGGUCUGACUGCGACUGCAAGGUGUGCCACGCCUGGAGCGGGACGUCCCCCGCGUCGUUGUCCCACCUCUACGUGCACGUCCAGGCGCCGCCGGCGAUGCCGAUGGCAGUGGAGACGGAGGACGUGGUGUUCAUCCACGGCUUCAUCUCGUCGUCCGCGUUCUGGACGGAGACGGUGUUCCCGGCCUUCAGCCCCGCCGCGCGGUCCCGGUAUCGGAUGUUCGCCGUGGACCUGCUGGGGUUCGGGCGCAGCCCCAAGCCGGCCGAAUCGCUGUACACGCUGCGCGAGCACGUGGAGAUGAUCGAGCGCUCCGUGCUGCGGCGCUACCGCCUCGGCUCCUUCCACGUGGUGGCGCACUCGCUCGGCUCCGUCCUCGCGCUCGCCCUCGCCGUCAAGUACCCCGCCGCCGUCAAGUCGCUCACCCUCCUCGCUCCGCCAUACUUCCCGGUGCCGGAGUCGGAGGCCGAGUCGGCGGCGCAGUACGUGAUGCGGCGCGUGGCGCCGCGGCGGGUGUGGCCACCGAUCGCGUUCGGGGCGUCCGUGGCGUGCUGGUACGAGCACGUGAGCCGCACCAUAUGCCUCGCCAUCUGCCGGCACCACCGCGUCUGGGACCGCCUCUUCAGGAUCGUCACCAGGAACAGGGUGCGCUCGUUCCUGAUCGAGGCGUUCAUGUGCCACACGCACAACGCGGCGUGGCACACGCUGCACAACGUCGUGUGCGGCGGCGCGGGGCGGAUGGGAGCGUACCUGGACGCGGUGGACCGCCGCCUCUCCUGCAAGGUGGCGCUCUUCCACGGCCGCGACGACGAGCUGGUCCCCGUCGGCUGCACGUUGGCGGCGGGGGCCAGGGUGCGCCGCGCGCGCGUCACCGUCUACGAGCGCAAGGACCACAUCACCAUCGUCGUCGGGCAGGAGCGCCUCUUCGCUGCCGAGCUCGAGGCCAUCUGGAGCGCCGACCAAUAGCCUCAGUCGUAUCGUAUCUUGUCACCAACUGUAACAUACAUAUGGAGAGACGUCGCCAUCAAAGUAGUGAAAUGGACUACUGUGACAGCCACAUUUCGCAUAUGUAUAGUAUAUAUAUAUAUAUAUAUAUAUAGAGAGAGAGAGCAUGCAUAUGGCGGUGUUUAAUGCAUGGCGAGGAAGGGACUAAUUAUCCCGUCUCUCAUCAAUACCACACCGAGCUCGCUCUCUCUCCGUUCAUGCUUUAAUUUGUUCUACCUUUUAUUAUCUUAGAUAUUAAUACUAUUCUAUUUAUUUUUC